AUGACGUACAAUUCCACCGAAGCGCCACCCGCCGGAAGAUUACCGAUCCCGCGCGACAUUCAAAUCGUAGUCACGGUAAUGGCUGUUACUGCUUUUUUACUGGCAACAAUUGGUAACUCGUUGGUUAUUUACGUCGUUUACACAGUAAACCACAUGAAGAACUCAACAAACAUUCUCAUCGCCAACAUGGCUGUUGCAGAUCUUCUCAUGAGCAUUGAUUUGCCUUAUAUUCUCAAAUUCUUUUUCAUUUGGAGUGGAUGGUUUGGCACGUUUAUGGGCGCUGCGUUAUGCAAGUUCUUCCACUCAGCUCAAUUUGGUUCCUUGAUCGCCUCAGUGUUCAGUUUAGUAGCGGUUUCUUUAGAUCGCAGUUUUGCCAUCUUAUAUCCUUUGGAGACGAUCAUGACAACAAAGGUUGUGGGAUUCGCGAUCGUCAUAAUUUGGCUUGGCGCAUUGGCUUUUAUGAUUCCAGUGAUGUUUGUGGCGACCGCAAAGCGAGAAGAAGAAACAAAAACUGUGAUCUGUAUAGAGGAUUGGUCAGCAUUGUCAAGAGAAAUCUACACCCUUAUUUUAUUUGUCAUAGGUUAUGCCAUUCCACUGUUUGCCAUCACUGUAGCCUACUUCCUGGCCGCAUUACGCCUUUGCAGGAGGAAAUUACCUGGACACCAGAAUCCGAUUGCGCAUAAAAAAGUUCAGAAAACGAGCAGGCGGGCGACUGUUAUGUUAGUAACAGUGGUAGUGGUUUUUGCUCUCUCGUGGCUUCCAUAUCAAGUUCUAGAGAUGAUUGCAACUUAUAAUUUUAAAUUUUUCCUGGAGAUUCCCAUACAAGUUAUAUUUGUACUCCCAUGGUUUGCUUACUAUAAUAGUGCCAUCAAUCCAAUUCUUUACGUGAUCUUCUCGGGGAAUUAUCGACGCGAAUUUUAUCGGAUUCUAUGCAAAAGAGAGAGCCGUAAGGAACGUUCCAGAGUAGCAGCCACUGGCGAGAGAAAUACUGCGCCAAAAGCUGGAGACGUGAUGGAACUCAACAUUCCUUGUGAUACCUUGAAACUCAAUACAUCCCGUGAUACCUUGGAACUCUAUACAUCCUCCGAUGUACUUGAGACCCGUCUGUAG